AUGAGUAGCCUCGCUACGGGAACUUCAGUGGGGAUACUUGAAAGCCAACCUGCGAAGCCGCUGGUUGGCCCGCCUGCGAUUGACGAAAACGUCAAAUCGGAGACGAACACCCAUCACGAUACAGAUGAAGACAAAUUACCCACAGGCGCUAGUGCCACUGUGUCGAAUGACGGCGACUCGGAGGGCGAAAACACCGAUCCCGAACCUUUAGUGCAGCAACUCGACGAGCAGCAAAACGACACAGCGCAGACAGAUGCCGGCCAGCGACCAGACAGUGUGGAUGGCUUGGCAUCUGUGGGGGUGCCUGUUUUGCCCGAAAACACUUCCAGAAUCAAUGAUAUCCGGUUAAAGCAAACUGAACUCGCCGGUCAUUACUCUACUCUCGCGGGGGCUCUGGCUGCGGCGCUGACAGGCAGGGCCAACCUCUCGGUUGCAAAGAUAGAUACCGCGUCACUUGCCGACCCGGAAUCCACUAUUGUGGCCGAAAUACAUUCAAGCAACAGUGGGUUGCGUAUGAAGAAAGAAAAACCUCUUAAUUUAUUCAAGUACCAACAGCGCCAGAUCAAGUCUGCGGGUGCUAUCAACGUUGGGGUGAUUUGGCGAGAGUUUUACAAACAAAAGGCAGAACUGACGUGGAGAAUGCACGAAGAAAUUAUUGCCAAAAUCUCCGGCCUAGAAAAGGGCCGCCUCAGCCGCAUGCGAACUGACCCGGGGCCUCUAGAGGUCAUCUCAAAUAACCUGAACGUGGUUCGCAAUUUGGGCUCCGAUCCGCGUCUGCUACCAACAAACGACAAAAAUAUCGAAAAGGAUAUGAAUUUGCUACGACGGAAAAUCGCCGCCUCUAAGAAAGACGGCGAUCAAAGUGAUGACGACGAUGACGAUAUUGACGAAGAGUACCCCUCAGAAAAAGAGCAAAACCUCCAUGCAUUGCUUUAUGAACCUACACAAGAACAGAAUUCUUGCCUAUAUAACCUUGCUGUUGUUGCCCAGCCUGCUUCAGAUCAGUUGAUUGAUCUGUUAUCUGUCGGAAACAAUGAGCUUUCUCAGUCUCAAAAGCCUCUUCAGCAGGAUCCAGUUACUUCUCAACCUAUCGCUGUACAGGAGUACUUACCGCCAACUGCCCAGCCUACUAGAUACAACAGUGGACAGGGCCAAGAACAGCAUAUUCCGGUCAAGGCCCCAGAGCUUUCGGAGCACAAAGAAAUCAGUUCAGCAAUAGAACCACAGAUGGCCCCUGGCCCGCGAUCAAAUCCCAUUACAAAGUCUGCGUCCCAUGGUCCUACUCACAAGAGAACGUCGUCUCAGACCUCCACGAGACGAUCAUCAUCGCGACAGCGUAAAACUAGCAGCAAGCAGUCUCCACCCCAAAAGCGGCCCCGAGUUGACCACUCGCCGCUAGUACCACCGGUUCAGAUGUCUUUGAUGAACAGCCAAAUGGGCCAACAGGUGCCAAUGAACCAAAUGCAUAUGCAACCCCAACAAGUACAGAUGCCGAUGCCUGCUGGCAUGCAAAUGUCUAUGCAUAGCCCGCAACAAGUUGUUACUGCUCCACACCAAAUGCCAGCUAUAUCGCCUAUGAACCCACAAUCUCAGGUUUCUAACGGCGUCCAGUCCAUGUCGUAUUUGCAGCCUCAGAUGCUUCAUCCAAUGUAUCAAAAUGCCCAGCAAAUGCCACCACAAAUGCAGAUGGCUCCAAUGCAAAUGCAAAUGCCAAUGGCUGGCUACGGAGUGCCCUCAGGGUACGAGCCACAACAGGCUGGCAUGCCUGGAGUUCCGAUGAAUAUGUACCCUGGCGGAAUGCCUCCCAUGAUGCCCGUCUACGGUGACAUGUACUUCCAAAACCCUAUGAUGCAACAAAUGGCAGCAUACCCACAGUUUGAUGAUAAAGGAAAUGCUGUUUAUUAUUCUGUUGCCCAGACAGGUACUAAUCUGCCUUCCAAUUGA